UUGAUCUUUUUUUACCUCUUGUUUUGUUAUCGAAUUAAAUAUCGAGCCUCUAGUCCUUUUAAAGUUUAAAGGCUUAAUUGAAUUGGGCAAGGCUCUUUCAGCUUGGUGGCGUUGGGUGUUCCUCCCUCCUCAGAGCAAUAGGAUCAUCACCUUGUUCAUUAUUCCAGCUAGGUUAUUAUGGUCACGAUGGAAGUAAAAGGCAUAACUUGGGUUGGGAAUAUAUACCAGAAGUUUGAAAAUAUGUGCCUGGAAGCGGAAGAAAUGAUAUAUGAGGACACUGUUAAAUACUUUGAGAAUCAGGUGCAGACUGUUGGGGAAAGUGUUAAAAAAUUCUAUGCAGAUGUCAUGCAAGACUUGCUGCCCCCUUCUUGUGAUUUGAAUGAAAAAGUUGUGUCUGAUUCUCCUAUAGAUCAUGACACUAAUGUUGAGGUCCAUAAGAAGACAAUUAUGGGUCCCAAGGAAAGACCUUCAAAGGUUGAUAUCAAGCAAAUAAGCAAGAAUUUAAGGAUCAAUCAGGACGUUGAUGAAGAUGUCACCUGUGCUACAUCUUAUGAAAAAUCUUGCAACACUGAUGUUUUAUUGACAUCAGCUCCUGGCAACUCUUUCAAAGUGAACAAAUUUAAUUCACAUGCAAGACAACGUGUUAGGAGCACAAAUAUCAGAUCAAACCCUGCUCUAGCCAGGACAGUGGACGGAAUUACUUCAACUGAAACAGAAAUAGAAACAUGCAGGACGUUGUCCAGUAACAUUUUAAAUGAAAAUCAUGAUGUGCCUUUUUGUCCUGCAACCACCAUUUCCAAUCAAUCCUCGGCUGUAGUAAAACUGUCAGACUUGGUUUCAGAUUGUUGUAGUGAAAAUGAAAGUUCUGAAGAGAUCCCUGAUCUUCCAACAUUUGAUAAUAAACCUGCUGAUGAAAAUGAGAUGAAUGUGAGCCCUUCUUCCUCUUGUGUCCAAUCUGGAGAACUAAAUGAUGGCUGGAAUUUCGAAAUUGAUUUUGUGACAGAAAAGGGCCCUGAAGCCAUGGAAAAGGAUGAUGAACUGAAGCUCGACCAAUCUUGUGUCAUGGUGAGUGGAGAUGAACUCAGAUCAAUCCCUAUGGCAGGGGAUAAUCCAAAGACUAACAAGAAAAAGAUGAGGCGGGUAUUUAGCUUAGGUAAGAAGUCUGGAAGGAAGCAAGAAUAUGAGCAGCUUGCAGCAUGGCAUGGGAACAGAGAGAAAGUCAAAGGAAACUGUGUGGAGGAUUCAGAAGCAGCUUGUGCAGAAGGGGAUCAUAAGAAACCAAAUCUUCCAAAUAUCUCUGAAUCUGAGUGGGAGGUUCUUUAAGUAUCACCGUGACAAAGUCAUGCAUGCACAUAUAUUGCCACUAAUAUGAUGCUUUUACAUCCACUCCCCACCUAGUCCUGGUGGAGCUGUGAUGGGUUCAAUUUCCUACAAUGUUUAUAUCUAUGCUGCCUCUAAACUUCCUUACUGCCACUCUUCCUUUUGCUUUUAUUUUCUUUUCCUAAGAAAGGAAAGUAAGACAAGGGAAGCCUUAAUUUGGCAAUUUUUAUGAGAACAUCCAAAGAGGAGUUCCGUCUAUCCAUUAUAUGACAGUUAAAUAACGAAAUGCAACUUAUGUAUUCAGAUUCUGUCUCUGCUUGCCAUUGCAAAUUGCAUGGCCCUUCUGCAUAAUAAUUUACAAGGAUAAGUAUUUCAUUC